AAAAUGAAAUUAUUACAUUGAAGAAUUCGGUAAAAAUGUUGAAUGAUCAACGCGUAAAAAAUGAUUGUCUUAUAAGCGGUGUAAAGGCGGAAACUGAAAUUGGUGCAGCUCAAGCUGUUAUUAAUUUAUCUAAAAAUGUUUGUGUGGAUUUAGAAGAAGCUAACAUAGAAGAUGCUUACUUUUUAAAAAAGAAGAAUUCUGCUAAUCCAAAACAAGCUCUAGUGGUGAAAUUCAGUUCCAAAGUGUCAAAAGAAUCUCUUGAGCUUUUCAAUUAUGCAAAAACUUUGAAAUCUAUUGGGUAUCACUCUAUCUUCACAACUGGAGGGAGAAUUUAUGCAAGAAAAGUAGCAUUUGGAAGGGGCAAAGUCAUUAAGUGUGAAGAAGAUGUUGAUAAUAUACUUUUAGAAGCCACAACAAAAAAUAUAAGAAUGUCAAAAUCAAAACGUCAACAAGAAGUUCCAGAUGAAGAUUCUAAUUGUUCUGAUGAAGAAGCACAAUCUCAAUUUAUGUCGCCAGUCUAAAUUAUGUAUCUUAUCUUAUUUUUGUUUUAUAACUAAUCUUUUCUAUGAUUUCACAAACAAAUUAUUUCUCGAAUAUAGAAUCUUUUGAUAAUUAUAUAAAAAAAUUAAAUUUGAAUACCUUUAAUAUUAUUUCUAUAAACAUAAGAAGCAUUUCAUCCAUUGGCAAGUUUUUGAAGUUUAAAGAAUUAAUAGCACAGUUUGAAAUUUUACCCAAUAUUAUUGCUGUUCAGGAAACUUGGUUUCAUUCAAAUCUUAAACAAAUAUACAAUAUUCCUGGAUACAAUUCAAUUCAUUGUUGUAGAUCUGAU